AUGGGCGCACCCAAAUACCAGAACGUGCCUCAGCGCGACUCGCUCGACGAGGCGGCGCCCGCGCCGUCAUAUUCGCAGGCGCCACCCAGCUACCAGGCGGCCAACGACCCCCAAGAAGCCCUCCUCAGCGGCGUUCCCCGUGGCGAAAACGACAACCUGCCCGAUGACUUCAAGUUUGGCGGUGUUGUGGCAGAGGCGACACUGGACAUCCGGAUGGCUUUCAUCCGCAAGGUCUACGCCAUCUUGACCGUCCAGCUGCUCGCAACCGCCGCCGUCAGCGCCCUCUCGAUGAUGUCGGAAUCUUACAAGAACUUCAUCCAACAAACCCCUGCGCUCAUGUGGGUGUCGCUCAUCGGCUCCUUCGUCUUCCUCGGCCUCACCUUCUGGAAGCGCAAGUCGUACCCGACCAAUCUUCUCUUCCUCGCCGGCUUCACCGCCAUGGAAGCAUACUCCAUCUCCGUCAUCGUCUCCUUCACCGACUCCAGGAUUGUGCUGCAGGCGCUUUUCUUCACACUGGGCAUAUUCAUCGCGCUGAGCCUGUUCGCCUGCCAGAGCAAGUACGACUUCACGCACUGGGCACCAUACCUUUUCGGCGCGCUGUGGGUUGUGGUCCUGUUCGGCUUCAUGUCCAUGUUCUUUCCCCACAGCAGCUCGGUGGAGCUAGGAUACGGCGUUGUCUGCGCGCUCAUCUUCUCUGGCUACAUCCUGGUGGACACGCAGAUGAUCAUGCGCCACUACCACGUCGAGGAGGAGAUUGCGGCGUCCAUCUCGCUCUACCUCGAUAUCAUCAACCUGUUCCUCGCCAUCCUGAGGAUCCUCAACUCACAGAACAACAACUAG